CUGCCACCUGAUCCGAUAAGCAAACCUCGCGAGUCCCCCCCAGCCCAUCAUCAUCGUCCAGCCCGCCCCCCGGCCUCCCCGGCUUGUCUUCUCCAGCUCGCUGCCUACUCGCUGCCUGCAUCGGCCCACGCCCGUCCCUGUCGAACCCACCGCCAUGGCAUCCUCGCAGUCGCGACUCAUCGUCGUCUCCAACCGCCUGCCUGUCACCAUCACCAAGAACGAAAAUGGCUGGAAGUUUGUCAUGUCCUCGGGCGGACUCGUCUCUGGCCUCUCGGGUCUGAAGUCCGAGCAGGAUUUUACCUGGAUCGGAUGGCCAGGUCUGGAGAUCCCUGAGGACGAGCGUGAGACCGUUACCUCCCAGCUGGCCGAGCAGUAUCACUGCGUCCCCGUCUUCAUCUCGGACGACAUUGCCGACAAGCACUACAACGGCUUCUCCAACAGCAUCCUGUGGCCGCUCUUCCAUUAUCACCCCGGAGAGAUCACCUUCAACGAGGAACACUGGGAGGCCUACCAGGCGGCGAACGAGGCCUUUGCCGAGUCCAUCAGCAAGAUUGUCCAGGACGGCGACCUGGUCUGGGUCCAAGACUACCAUCUGAUGCUGCUUCCUGCCAUGCUGCGCUCCCGUCUGUCCCAGUCUGUCAAUGUCAAGAUCGGCUGGUUCCUGCACACCCCGUUCCCCUCCUCGGAGAUUUACAGAAUCCUCCCUGUGCGCAAGCAGAUCCUCCUCGGCGUCUUGCAGAGCGAUCUCUUGGGCUUCCAUACGUACGACUAUGCCCGCCACUUCCUGAGCUCCUGCACGCGCAUCCUGGGUCUCCCGACCAUGCCCAACGGUGUCGAGUUCGAGGGCAGGCCCGUCCACAUCGGCACCUUCCCCAUCGGCAUUGAGCCCAACAAGUGGCUGGAGGGAUUGAAGCGCCCCUCUGUUCAGGAGCGCAUGCAGAGGCUCAAGGAGAAGUUUGGCAACACCAAGCUGCUCGUCGGCGUCGACCGCCUGGACUACAUCAAGGGUGUCCCCCAGAAACUGCAUGCCUUGGAGCUCUUCCUGGCCAAGCAUCCCGAAUGGCAAGAGAAGGUCGUCUUGAUCCAGGUUGCCGUGCCUUCACGUCAAGAUGUCGAGGAGUACCAGCAUCUGCAAACCGUUGUCAACGAGCUUGUCGGUCGCAUCAACGGCCGUUUCGGCACGGUCGAGUUCACUCCCAUCCACUUUAUUCACAAGUCGGUCAACUUUGAGGAGCUGGUUGCACUCUAUGCUGUUGCCGACGCCUGCAUUGUCUCCUCGACUCGCGAUGGAAUGAACCUCGUUUCGUACGAAUACGCUGCCUGCCAGCAGGAGAAGCACGGCGUCCUGAUCCUUUCUGAGUUUGCUGGCGCCGCCCAGAGUCUCAACGGAUCCAUUAUCGUCAACCCUUGGAACACCGAGGAGCUCGCCCAAGCCUACUUUGAUGCGGUCACGAUGCCGGACGAUGUGAGGGAGGCCAACCACAACAAGGUGUUCAAGUACAUCUCCAAAUACACCGCCGGAUACUGGGGUCUUACCUUUGUCAACGAGCUCACUCGCAUCAAGCAAACCCAGGAACUCAAGAAGCUGAUACAUCUGGACGUCGAUGACGUUGUCAACCGAUGCGCCAGCGCCACCAAGAAGCGGCUCGUGCUCUUUGACUACGACGGCACCUUGACGCCCACCCACAAGCUGCCCGAGUUUGCGAGACCCUCGGUCGCCACGCUCGAGAACCUCCAGAAGCUGGUUGCCAACCCCAACGUUUAUCUCUACAUCCUCUCGGGCCGCUCGCGUGUCCACCUCGACCAAUGGUUUGGCGAACUGCCCGUGGGUCUGUCGGCCGAGCACGGCUGCUUUGUCAAGCACCCACCCCGUGUCCGCUCCGAGCUCGAUGAGAUUGACUCGAGCAAGACCAUUGCAGCGGUGGAGUCACUCUUGGCCUCAGGGGCGAACGAGGACACUCGCAUCCAGUAUCCCGAUGGCUGGAUCAGCCUUGUGGAUCAGACCUUUGAGAUGACCCAGACUUGGAGAGACACGGUCCGCCCUCUCUUCCAGUACUUUACCGAGCGUACUCCGGGCAGCUUCAUCGAGGAGAAGGAGCUGAAUCUGACCUGGCACUACCACGGAGCCGAUCUUGAGUUUGGCAACUGGCAGGCCUCGGAGCUCCAGGCCAACCUCGAGAAGGUCCUGACGCACAAUCCUGUCACGAUCGUCAAGGGUAACAAGACCCUCGAGAUUCGCCCCUCUGCCGUUGACAAAGCGAGCGCCUGCAGGCUGAUCAUGCGCGACCUCGGCGUCGCCCAAGGCGAAGUGGACUAUGUCUUGGUCGUCGGCGACGGCAAGACGGAUGAGGUUGUCUUUGAGCUGAUCAACAAGACCCAGGCCACCUUUGACGCCCAGGAGCCUGCCAGCGAGGAUGUCCCCGCCCCCGCCAUCACCACCUUCACCACGACCGUCGGCAAGAAGCAGACCGUUGCCAACCACUUCCUCGAGAACGUCCGCGAGGUCGACUGGCUGCUCUACUCGCUCGCCGAGAAGAGGUUUUAAAGCGCAACGGACCAGCAGCAAGCGCUGUGAUCGCCUCCCUCUCCCUCGUCCUCCGAGUGAACAGGAUUAGGCACACGAGCUCCUGGCAUUUCGACUUGAUAUGCUCUUUGUCCUCCCCUCCCCCUCCAUUUUAUAUCCCGUUCUCUCCUUUAUCUCUUGUCUUUUUUUUUGCUCCGUAACGAACCUUUAAACUCCCACUUUGUGUCUUGUUAGAUUCCGGUACCGUGCGCGCUUUGACUGGAUGGAUCCUGCCGUGAGUCUCUUGCUUUACAGGCAAUCCAAUAAAAAACGGGACACCCGGGAUUUUGACCAUUCA